GAUGGCCUCUAAUGGAUCAGAGACAAGGAAACAGUUUUCUCUGGGAGAAAAUUCACUGAAUGUAAGGGGAACUUCAACUUCAAUGAAGUCACGAGUUUCUUACUGCACAGACCUUGAAAAAUUAGUUUUAACUGUUAAUUUUGAUAAGCGAGGAUGGGUUCGAGUCAACCCAGAUGAUGAUUGGAACAUCUAUUGGGCUAGUGUUCAGACUUGCAGAAAUUUGUUCAGUGUAGAUAGCGGCUACAGACUUCAUGAUAACCAAUGUAUCAACCAUUUUCCGAACCAUUAUGAACUAACAAGAAAAGAUCUGAUGGUGAAGAACAUUAAACGUUAUAGGAAAGAUUUGGAGCGGGAGGGCCAUCCAACAGCCAUCAGAAGCAAGCAAGGGAGAUACACUCAUUUGGAUAUUAUUCCCAUCACUUACAUCCUUCCUGCUGAUUAUAACAUGUUUGUGGAGGAGUUCCGAAAGAAUCCACACAGCACAUGGAUCAUCAAACCCAGCGGGAAAUCUCAAGGAGCUGGUAUAUUUUUGAUUAAUAAACUAUCAAAACUAAAGCGCUGGUCUAAGGAGAGCAAACCACCAUUUCAUCCUCAAAAUGGAAAAGAAUCGCACGUCAUUUCAAGGUACAUUGAGAACCCUUUACUGAUAGGCGGCAAAAAGUUUGAUCUGCGGAUGUAUGUUUUAGUGACUAUUUACCGACCUUUGAAGGCAUACUUGUACAAACAUGGAUUCUGUCGUUUUUGUGCAGUCCGAUAUGACAACAAUAAUCAUCAAGAUUUGGAGAACGUAUUUGUUCACCUGACAAAUAAUGCGAUUCAGAAAAAUGGGGAAGAUUACAACAAUGUGCACAGUGGUAAACUGAACAUGGAAAGUUUAAAGUUAUACUUAGAAACAACAUACGGAAAAUCUAGAACAGACUUCCUCUUCUUCAACAUAAAAUGGCUAAUUAUUCAUUCUCUGAAGGCUGUUAGCUCUGUCAUAGCUAAUGACCGCCAUUGUUUUGAAUGUUACGGUUACGACAUUAUCAUUGAUGAGGAGUUGAAGCCUUGGCUGAUUGAGGUGAAUGCAUCACCAUCACUGACAUUUACAACCGCUCACGAUCGGAUACUGAAGAGCAAAUUAAUCGAUGACAUUCUUUCUAUUGUCGUUCCACCUGACGGUAUACCUGAUGCUCGCUGGAGUAAACGACCGUCAGUGGAUGCAAUGGGAAACUUUCACUUGAUUGUGGACGAAGAAUAUGAUGAUCGCGGGAGCAACAAGAAAAUUAGAGAAAAGUACCAGGGAAGCCGAUGGCGAUAAAGUGACUGGUGGUCUCCUAUUUGUGGUCUUCAAAUGUCAAAGAAUCAAUCAAUUGCUGCCAAAAUCUGACAUGACGACGUUUUCAUCGAUCUAAGGACUUAGUUGAGCAAGAAUGCUUUCGGUUUUGACAUCGAAUAAUGAUACAAUAAUGAUAGAAUGAAAUUUCCAGAUGGGAAUGUAAUUCUAAGCAGUCGGAUAUUAAACAAUACAUUAAAUAUUAUCUCAUCAAAAUUUUGCAAAGAAUGAGAUGGACACAUCGAAAAAGUCGAAAUUCAAUUCAUAAAUGAGAAUUGGCCUUUCUUAUAAUUGGCUGAAUGAUUGUUGCCCCAUUAUUCUUUCUUUGUCAAGUGGUCUAAUCAUGAAGAAUAACAUUCCAUCGUUUCAAGAGAUAAGCCAUUGAAUUUUGUCACUGCCUAACCAAGAAUCAAGAUGAAUAUGAUUCUGUCACGAGUAACAAUCAAAAUGUCAAUAAAUUUCGCCAAUAAAACAUUAAUGAAAA